AAAGCACCAAGGUUUCGACUUCAAUCGAAAUGCCUAGUCGCCCUAGCCAUUGCCAUGGCACAUGGGCCCGGUCUAAAGCGGGAGCUGGGGCUGUUGUGGGCUGAGCGCCAGAAGCAGCGACCACCCAAAGAGCCCAGCGAAUGCUACAGUUGUGGCUCCAAAGAGCACCUAGCGCGAGACUGUCCGCUGAGCGUUUGCCAUUUUUGUGGGCGAACUGGCCAUUUAGCACGUGCUUGCCAAUUUGGGCAAACUCUACAGAUAGGUGACCAGUUUAUUCUGUGCGAAGAUGAACGCUGCUGCGUCCGGCGUUUCUUGAUGCCCCUACAUCAAGCGCCCUUGGACUUUGAGGACAUUACUACUGGACGAGUGGACGUGGGCUGCCGCAGUGUUACCGCUUGCCUUUUCCGCUCGGAGUCCUACCGGAGGAACAGCGAGAUUCGAUUGACAUUUUCUGCUGGUGACGCCAAAGUUGCUUGGGAGAAGCAGGUCGAUGUGGAGCGUGGAACUACGGCUGUUUUGACAGGUGGGCUAGUCCGAGGUUUGAGGCCUGACGAGGCUUCCGUGGCGAUGCGGCUGCGAGCGGCACUGAGCGCCAACCAGCGGACUGCUGGCCAAUCAGGCCGCCUGGAGCUGGGCUUACGAUCAGUUGCAGGUGGACUACGUGGUUCGCUGCAGGACUGCUUCGCACAUGAUGUGGAAACGGUAUUGCUGCUCUUGGACCCAGAUGGUUUGGAUCUGGAAGAUGUUGCAAAAACGCUAGGGAGGCGUGAACCACCUAUACGCCAGCUUUUGGUGCUUCUGGGAGACGACAAAGGUUUGGCUCCUGAAGAACUCCAAGAAGUGAUGAACUUCUCGGCAGAGGUCCAUCGAAUCUCUCUUGGCCCAGACAUGCUGCUAGGAAGCCAUUGCAUUGUCUUGGUGCACCACUACCUAGAUCGGUAUUUGCAUACCUGCCCCACGAAGCUCUUUGAAGUCCCAGCAGAGGCCCAGCUCCUUUGAGACUUGGCACUCAGCGUUGAUAGUGAAUAGCAAAGUCUGGCAUAGCCACAGAUCGUGAACAUAAUAUGAAUAGGAUUGAAUAGGUAGCCCUUUACAAUCGCUUUGAGCUUCACAGGAUCAACAGCUGCAAUCGUCUGUCCUAAAAGACUCUUCUUCCUGCAGUAUUGGUGUUUGCAAGAGCCAAAGGAGGUCUCAAAUGAAGCUUGAUGGAGCUUGCUGCGCAGCGCAUCCUGCAGGUUGCCAAGAGCAGAAGGCAGAGACAAGCGCGAUUGAAGCGGACGUGAGAGCGACAUUGAGUUACAUUUGGAGUAGCAGCGCUCCAGACAAAAGAUGCG